AUGCGGUUUCUUCAGCCAGAGUAUGGUAUAAAGUCGUUUCUGGUGACACUAAAGACUAAUGAAUUAAAGAAAUUUAAAUCUCAACUAAAGACCCUUCCAGAAUUCAGAGAUGACCUACACAAGUCCUCAUGCUCUGAGGUAGAUGAAGCUGAUGGAACAAAACUGGCAGAUAUUCUGAUAAAGAAAUUCCCAGGCAACAAACUGAGGCUCAUGACCCUGACUGUCUUGGACAAGAUAAAGAACACAAAAUACUCUCAGCCCUCUGGUAUGAAAGAUAUCUGGGAAACAAUGGUAAACAAAUUCUCUGUCUUCUGGGAAAAAAAUGUUUGGGUGGAUGACUGUGACCACUUUCAUGAUGUCACACAGAGAAGCCAGAAGCUGAUACCAUCCUUCAAACCAAGAAUGGACACAAAACAACCUUCAAACACAGUGGUAUUAUAUGGUUAUGCAGGUGUUGGGAAAACUACAGUGGCCAAAAGUUGUUUACAGGAACGGACCAAAGGAUGUCUGGGCCAAGAAAUUGGAUAUACCCUUUACCUCCAAUGUAGAGAAUUCAAUCACAUGGGAUUCUGCUCUUUCUCAGAACUGAUAUCCAACAAUAGUUCUGAACGGAAGACUAAAAAUCUGGAGGUCCUCACCAGGACAGAGAAUGUCCUGAUUGUGGUGGAUGGUUUUGAUGAGUUGAGGGUUCCAGUUAAGGCACUGAUCAGUGAACUUUGUAGUGACUGGGAUACACAGACUCCAGCACCCAUUCUUCUGAGUAGUCUGCUGAAGAGGAAGCUGAUACCUAAGGCCACAUUGUUGGUGACCACACAGCCCCAUGCUUUGCAAGAGCUUAUGCUUUUGGUGAAGCAGCCCAUUUUUGUUGAGGUUAAGGGCUUCUUGGAACAGGACAAAGAGAAAUACUUCCUAAACCACCUUAGAGUCAGGGAGCAGGCAUUGCAAGCUCUUGAUGCAGUGAAGUGCAAUGUUGACUUGUUCCACAUGGCCUCAGCUCCUACAGUGUGCAACAUAAUCUGCACCUAUCUGAAGUUGCAGAUGACAAAGGAGGAAGACCUUGCCCUGCAUUGUCAAACUUGCACCUCGCUGUUUUUGCAGUUCCUCUGUAGCCAGUUCUCAUCAGGAUCCUAUGUUGGCAACCCCAGUGGAUAUGGGAAAGUGUUAAAGGCCUUAUGUAUCCUAGCUGCUCAGAAUCUGUGGACACAGCAGGCCACAUUUCACAGAGAAGAACUAUGGAGUCUUGGACUCAAGGAGUCUGAUCUCUCUCCCUUCCUGGAUAUGCACAUCCUCCAGGAGUACUGUGACUCUGAAAAAUGCUACUCCUUCAUCCAUCUCUGCAUCCAACAGCUUCUGGCUGCUAUGUUGUAUAUUCUGAAGUUCCAGGAUGAGGAAGACAGGGAUGACUUUAAGAGGGACAUUGGUAAUGUGCAAAAGUUGUUCUCUAGGGAAGCAAGAUUUUACAACCCCAACCUGGCUCAGACAGGGCAGUUCUUGUUUGGCCUCUUGAAUCAGAAACAAGUCCAAGACUUGGAGACCACUUUUGGCUGUGAAACAUCAAUGGAGAUCAAGUGGGAGUUACUUAAAAUACUGCAAGGCAAGUCAGAAGAGCAGAAACCCUUCUCAGUGAUGAGUCUGCAGGAGAUUUUCUCACAUUUAUAUGAAUCUCAGGAGGGGGAGCUUGUGAAAAAAGCAAUGGCCCCCUUUGCAGAAAUAUCUCUGUGUUUGAAAAGCAACAUAGACAUUCUGCGUUCUGCAUUCUGCAUCAAGUAUUGUUCAGGUUUGCAGAAACUGUCAUUACAGAUAGCAAAGGGUAUCUUCUUGGAAAACAAUAAUGAAUUGAGGGCCUACCUUCAGGAUAUUAGGGGUCAGACUGCUAGCAACUCUCUUUCCCUAUGGACACAUCUGUGCUCUGUGCUCUGUUCCAACAAGAACCUAAGCAUUUUAGACAUCACCCAAAGCUUUCUGAAUGACUGUGCACUGAGGAUUCUCUGUCACCAUAUAACAGACAUAUCCUGCUGCCUACAGAGAGUAAUUAUGAGAGAUGUCUCCCCUACGACUGCUUACCGGGAUGUCUGUCUGGCUCUCAUUGGCAAGAAGACACUGACUCACUUGAUCCUGACAGGAUCUGUCCAGGAGAAAAACACAGGACAGUUGAUGCUUCUGGGUGAGAUGCUGAAGCACAAGAGAUGCAAUCUGAAAUUCCUGAGGCUGGGAUCUUGUUAUGCCUCCAUUCAUCAAUGGAAUGACUUGAUCUUGACUUUCAAUAUCAACCAGUCCCUGACAUGUGUAGACUUCUCAAACAAUAAGCUCCUGGAUGAGGGUGCCAAGUUGCUGUGUAUGAGUCUGAAGUAUCCCAAGUGCUCCCUAAAAAGGGUGUCGCUGGAACAAUGUCAACUUACAGAAGAAUGUUGUGAGGAUCUCUCUUCCCUUUUGAUGGUCAGCCAGAAGCUAACACACUUGAGCCUUUCCAAAAACAACCUUGGAGAUGAUGGAGUGAAAAUACUGUGUAGAGGCUUGAACUCACCUAAAUGUAAACUACAAAUGUUGGUGAUACAGCAGUGCAGCAUAACUGCUCAUGGCUGCAAGUGUAUCUCAGAGAUGCUCUGUGAAGAUUCCAACUUAACACACUUGGACAUGGGUCUGAAUCCCAUAGCUAAUGGAGUGAUGUUUCUCUGUAACACUAUAAAGAAUCCAAAAUGCAGUCUAAAAUGCCUAGGGCUCUGGGGAUGCUCCUUCAGCCCUUUGUAUUGUGAGAAACUUGCCGCUGCCAUUGCUAGCAACAAGAAGCUAGAAAUUCUGGACCUGGGUCAGAAUAUUUUGGGGAAUAGUGGAGUAGCAGAGAUAUUGAGGACUUUAAGUGAUAACAGUGGGCCCUUGAAGACAAUCAGGUUGAAGAUAAAUAAAUCCAGCCAGAUAAUUGAGGGACUGUUGGAGAAAAUAAAAGAAAGCAAGCCCAGCUUGAGGGUUGAAAAUGUCACCAGCACAUCUGCGCCAUCAUAUUGUGACCUAUUCUCUGAGUACAUGGAACCUAUUCCUGUAAAAGCUUAG